AAACUUAAACCUCAACUGUAAGAAACCGAAGUCAUCCGGCAGCCUUGAGGAAUUGCCUUUACUCUGUUCAUUCUCCUCUAUAAUUUUAUUUUAUUGCUUUAAAUAGAUAUAUUUCUCCUUUACUUCAGUUAUUACUAGUUUGGAAGGCGCACCUGGUUGGUGUGUGAUGGAAAGUGCUUCAUUCCUUCUGUAUCAAGAUUAUGUCUAUGAUAGGGUUUCUUCCCUGUUCUUUCCUUCCCUCUUUGCUCUUUCCCUCUGUGUCCCCUCUUCCUUCCCGUAAACAGCUGCCAUUCAGGUCAGAAUGGAGAGUUGGCCAAUUCAAACAUGUCACCCGCCCUCAACCUUUCUUGUAACCGACCGCUCAGUGCUCAACUCCGUAUAAGUCAUUACCACCGUAGCCUACACUCACACUCGUUUCAACCCAUACCAGAACCAUGGCCUCUACCAGCAACGACCAAACCCAGCAGGGCCCAUCUCUCAUCACGAGCCACCAUCCAGAGUCAAGCGGAAGCGUUCACAACACCAAGUCCGAGAGGAACCCCAGCAUCCCAAUCCCGCCCACCGACCUCGCCAACCCACCCCAACCCACGCCCAGCAACCUCCCUCCCCCCAACACGCCAAAGCCCCUCAUCCCACCCAACCCCCCCACCCCGGACAACAACCACCCCGUCCAGCACCGCUUCCUGACCCCCACGGAAUGGGCGCGCGUAGCGCACGGCCUCGGCGCGAUCCGCGAGGGCGCGGAGGAGCACCAGGUGGCGCACCCGACGUGCUGGUACUGGCCGCCGCGGGGCAUGCCGGGGGGCCUGUACCGGGAGGUGGUGGGCCAGCGGGCCAAGUACGGGGCCGGGUUCCAGGCGCUGAGCGCGCUGCGCUGGGCGCUGCUGGUGCUGCAGGUGGUGGUGGGCGCGGCGCUGACGGCGCUGGGCUCGCUCGCGCUGCGCCAGGCUGCGCUUGUUACCGCGCUGGCUGCUGUCAGUACCGUGGGCGCGGGGGUUGUGGGGUUGAUGCAUAAUAGCGGUUUGCCGGAUCGGUACCGGAUGGAUCGCGCGCAGUUUGUGCAGGUGGAGGAUUUUAUUAGGGAGGUCUUGGACACGGGCAUCGUCGAGGCCGAGCAGAGGGUGGAGGAUAUCCUCAACGAAUGCUUCACGCGCUUCGCCAACGCCAGAGCCACCGUGAUCUCCAACAAGCCCGAGGUAUACUCCGGUUCACCGCCGCCCGCCGGCAAGCCCAAUGUCACCCCCCCCUCCGGAGCCAUCGGUGCCUCCUCGCUCGCCCUGAACGCCGCUACUGAGGCAGAAAGGCCACAAACAACCCCCUUUUUCCACCAACAGUGGGACGAGCACUAG